AUAAACAGCAGACAACACAAACCAAACCAUCAGUAAGGUUCUGCAUACACACACAGUCUGCAGUUUGGAGCCGUGUCGGAUUGGAGAUGUUGGCGCUUCUGCUGUUCCUGACCCCCAUUGUGAGUCACUGCCUGGUGAUUCCCAAAUGCCAGCUGGUGGAGCAACUGAUGUCGACUGUACCUGAAGAUGUGCCAUCCCAUGAAAACCUGGUGGCAAAGAUCGUGUGCCGUGCAGACGAGACUUCGCAAUUUGACACCAGCGUCGUCAGUCAGGUCUCUCCACAGGAUCUUGGACGACGCAAGCCCAGAGGUGUCCCCAAAACUCUCAAUCAUCCUAAAACCAUCACCCCCAUUCCAAUGCUGCACAAUUCAACUGAAGAGCUCAACUUCAAUGGCACUAUUCGCCAUGUUAAAAGAAGCGUCGAGGGACCGUGGAGUCUGUAUGGAGUGUUCCAGUUGUCCGAUCGUGUCGCCUGCGCCUCGCCCAAUAAGCCCUCCUUGAACCUGUGCAACCUGAGCUGCGACAAGCUGAUUGAUGAUGACAUCACUGAUGACAUCAGCUGUGUCUUGACCAUCCUUAAGCACAAGAGGACUAAUCCCAAAGGUCCAGCUGAUGAUGACAGAUUCAUCAAGAGAAUGUGUGACAUGAUCAUGGACGCUUGCCCUGGCUUGGAGUACACCGAGUACCUUGCUGAGUGUGAUGGCCCUUAGUCGCUACACGCGACACCUGAUCAGACGCUCCGCUUUCUGCUUCGCUAGCGAUGGUGAUAUUUUGGGCUGGGCUUUUCUUAUCUUCUCUCAAUCCUAUUGCAAGUUAAGACUAUAGUAAGACUGUUGAAUGAUGAUAUACACCCUGUAGUGAAUACAACAAUGUGGCUCAUCUGAUUUGGUUGGAUAAUUGUCAAGCUGUAAUCUCAUAUCAAGUCAAAACCUUUCCUGCAAGUGCUAAUGCAGUAACGCUGAUGGUAGUGAGAUGUAUUCAGGAAUGAAAUACUAUUUAUUUUCAAGCAGCUAUGACUGUUUUUAAUGCAUGCUUUGCAAAAAAAAAAAAAAAAAAAGGUCGUUUCAUGUUCCUGCUAUGAUACCAGAGAUUAAUGUAUGAUUAUUAGAUUUAAUAAAUAUAUGUAUUCAUUUCACUGGAAAUAAGGAGGUCUUUCACUUUGGCUAAACAAGCUAAUAAACACUGCUGAGUAGAUAUUCACGCAAA